UACACGCGCAGUAAUUACAUCUUGUUUCUUGAUAAUUUGGUUUGACAGAAUCAGCGGGCUGUUGAAAGUAUAUGAGAUAAGCGUUUCCAUAAAAGCACCUGUAUUCGCCGUAAGGGAGACAGUUGUUAUCACAGAAUUUGCACAUUGCAGGGCAGAGACUGGCGUGUGCUGUUUACGAUUGUUUAACAUAGAGAUGGCGUUUACAUUGUGGAACUUGUUUGAAGCCUCACUACUCUGCUUAAAUGCCGUGUGUAUCUUGCACGAAGAGAGAUUUUUGGCAAAGAUUGGCUGGAGUGUGAAUCAAAAUGUCCAGGGGUUUGGUGAACAACCUACAGUUAAAUCACAGAUUUUGAACCUUAUUCGUUCUGUAAGGCUUGUAAUGAGAGUUCCUUUAAUUUUCCUCAACAUCAUAACAAUAGUAAUAAAGCUGCUUCUUGGAUGACAUUUGAUGGAAAUGUAAUAUGACGUGAAACAUCUGAACUGACUUGUGUGCAAAAGAACAAUGCUUUUGGAAAAUGGCAUGGAUUGCAGUUUGUGUGUAUGUUGAAGCUAAUGAUACAUAUAAGGUGGACUGUUGUUUCUGUACAGCUGUUGUUUUGGUAUAGCUCAUUGAAAAUUUCCCUUUUAUGAAUAAAGAUAUUUUUAUAUUUAAAA